GAGUAACAGAAGGGAGCAAAGUUAGUCAAGAUGGCAAAACACACAGAUCCGGAGUGAAGGGGCACCGCUCCCCAAAAUUUUGAAUUCUGUUGCGCCCCGUUCAGCGAUUACCACCACGGAUGAAACCGUGUUUAUAAAGGUCUAAGGUGUUCCCCGUGGGAAAUGACUACGACCGAAACGCUGGAGUGACACUCUAAUCGUAGGGGGGAAAGCCUAGUCUCCUUCCCACAAAACAGGGGCAAGUAGAGGGAAGUGCGUCUAGGAGGACACUUCGCCACGCGCCUUUCUAACUCCACAGGGAGAAGAUGCCGAUGAAGAAGGGGAGAAGCGCAACAUAACAAGGGAAAAACAACGUAACCCUCAUGCGAAAAAGCAUUGCUGGUGCAGCAGAGCACAAGAAGACAGAAAAAAGCACGGUCACGCGUUCGGUUUUUGGGGGGGGGCGAAGCAGCGCCUGCGAUCUUCUCAUUUGACGACGGGGUGCCCCGAUCGGCAGGUUUUCUAGUCGCCCGGUGCCCGUCCUCCAGAUCAUGAUGUUUCGCGACCAGGUGGGAGUCCUGGCCAGCUGGUUUAAGGGGUGGAACGAGUGCGAGCAGACGGUGGCCCUCCUGUCUCUGCUGAAGCACGUCAGCAGGACGCAGGCCCGCUUCCUGCAGCUCUGUCUGGAGCACUCCCUGGCCGAGUGCACCGAGCUCCACGUGCUGGAGGGGGAGGCCAACAACCCAGUGUUCAUCAGCCAGUGGCAGAGUGAGCCCAAGGAGAGGGUCAUCUCCCUGGUACUGACCCACCUGCCCCUGCUGAAGCCCGGCAACGUGGAGGCCAAGGGCGAGUACAUGCGCCUCCUCCCCAAAAUCCUGGCGCACACCAUCGAGCACGGCCGGCACCUGGAGGAGAGCCGGCAGCUGCUGUCCUACGCCCUGAUCCACCCGGCCACCUCCCAGGAGGACCGGGCGGCCCUGGCCCUGUGGCUCACCCACCUGGAGGAGCGGGCGGCGGCCCGGGCCGGCGGGGACUCCCUGGAGCGCGCGCCCACGCCCCACCACGCCCACGCCCACCUGUACCCCCACGCCCAGCGCUACGGCUCCGACGACCGGCUCAACGGCUGGCAGAGCUCCCGCGACUCGGGCCUGGGCGGCUGGCACCACCAGCAGGGCUGCGAGAACGGGCACCUGUCCCUCUACCCCUCCUCCUCCGUCCCCUCCACCAUCAACACCGUGGGCAUCGGCAGCGGGACCAACACCAUCGUGCCCGGAGGGCAGCACAGCCCCCUGAAGCGCUCCGUGUCACUCACCCCCCCCAUGAGCGGCUCCGGCAGCCAGCCCCUGGGCCACGGCUGGCUGUCCCAGGAGGACCUGAGGGUGCGGGGGCCGGCCCCAGACCACGCGCCCCUCUCCCCCCAGAGCAGUGUGGCGUCCUCGGGCAGUGGGGGCAGCGAGCACCUGGAGGAGGGUCCCGGGCCUGGCGGGAUGGCGCACCGUAGCACAUUCCACGAGGAGGGCAGCGGCAUGAGGGAUGUUCCGGCGUGGUUGAAAAGUCUCCGCCUCCACAAGUACGCGUCGCUCUUCUCCACGAUGACCUACGACGAGAUGAUGUCGCUGACGGAGCAGCAGCUGGAGACCCGGAGCGUCACCAAAGGGGCCAGGCACAAGAUCGUCAUCAGCAUUCAGAAGCUGAAGGAAAGGCAGAACGUGCUGCGCUCGCUGGAGAAGGACGUCCUGGAGGGGGGUAACUUGCGCACCCCGCUCCAGGAGCUGCACCAGAUCAUCCUGACGCCCAUCAAAGCUUGCAGCAGCGAGGAGUCGGGACAGCGCCCCCUGCUGGCCGGCGACGGGAAGAGCGCCGUCCCCGGGUCACACAUGGGGGAGGCGGAGUCGGGGGCGGCAGUCAUCGCCGAGGGCGAUAUCCCCGCUCAGUUCACGCGCGUCAUGGGCAAAGUUUGCACACAGCUCCUCGUCUCCAGGCCAGACGAAGAGAACAUUAGCUCCUACCUGCAGCUCAUCGAUAAGUGCCUGAUCCAUGAGGCUUUCACAGAGACACAGAAGAAGCGGCUGUUGUCAUGGAAACAGCAGGUGCAGAAGCUGUUCCGUUCGUUUCCGCGGAAGCCGCUCUUCGACAUGGCAGGAUACAGGCAGCAGAGAAGCCGUUUCGGCCAGUCCAACUCCCUCCCCACCUCCAGCUGCGUGGGGAGCGCGGUGUCGGCCCGGAGGAACCAGCGGCACUUCCAGAUGCCGUCGCGGAGCCUGCCCGGCGCGAGGCUGGGCCUGCCGGGCACCGCGGGCAUCCUGGGACCAACGCCACGCAGCAGCACGCCGACGGGCCUGAAACAGGGCAGGCAGGGCCUGUGGUUUGCCAACCCCGGGGGCAGCAACAGCAUGCCCAGCCGAACGCACAGCUCGGUGCAGAGAACCCGCUCCCUGCCUGUCCACACCACGCCCCACACCAUGGUCAUGUUCCACCAGUCAGAUUUACAGGUGGCCGUGACUGAACCAGACAUCAACAACCGUCUGGAGUCUCUGUGUCUGAGCAUGACCGAGCACGCUUUGGGAGACGGAGUUGACCGGACAUCAACGAUCUGAGCCUGGAUUGGGGAGAGACCUGGGGAGAGACGGCUGGCUGGAGACCAGGGGAAAGGUCACCCCGAGGUCACGAGGGUCCUCCCGCCCGCCCCUCUGUUCCCAAGCAGCCAACCGCAGGAGAGGGGUGGAGGGGGCACCCCCCAAAAAAAAAAAGCUUUUCGCCAUUUCACAACAAGGCCCCACAUGGGCCCGUUUCAUAACUAUGUAACACUCGCCCGCUAUUUUUAGUGACUGAAACAAAAACACUAAGAAGACAUGUUUACAAGUAUCAGGGGUUUAGAAAAAGAAAAAAAAAAGGAGAGAAAAAGAGACACCCAGAGAAUACGCGGGAGAAAAGGAAAGGCCCCUGGCCGUAAACAGGACUGUGUUUGAGGAAAGAGAAACCAAAGAAAAGCCUCCUCCCAAAGAGCUGUCACAGGGUCUUUGUGGAAGCUACCUUGAGCACAGAGGCUAAGUCCCGCGAGCGCUCGGUCGCUCCGGCCAGAGAGCGGGGGGGCGACAGGGCUGCGGUGACCCCCCCCCCCCCAAAUCACACAGCAGUGCUCCUCGACUGGGCUCGCCCUUGACCAUGCCCGUCACGACAUAAUGGAGCUACCCUCUCGUAACAAAAAACAAACGUACUAACAAUCAACAAACAAACAAACAGACAGACAGAUUCCACGAAAGCGCUUAGUUUGUUUGGUUUGUCGAUUGUUCAUUUGCCUUUUUGAGGAAGAACAGUUUGGGAGAAACUUCGCUUUGUACAGACGAUUGGGAUAAAAUACCAGUCAUACAUGUAUGUAUUGUUUACAUAAAAUGCUACUAUUGAGGGUACCGAAACAUACAUUUCAGGUAUGAAUGUUAUAAUUUUUCUAAGCAUUGGCAUGGUAUGUGCUCAUGGCUUCUUUAUUUUUCUUACGUUAGCUAUCGCCAUAGUUUACAUGUGUGUUUUGCCUGCCAGCGGAGAAGCUGAGAGAUAAGUUUCAUGUUGCGGGGGUCAAUGGGAAGUCCGUGAAAGAGGGUUAGGAGGAGGAUGAAGGAGGAGGAAGAGGGGAAAAGAGAAGUUAAAGAGUGCGGAGGAGGUCAGGAGGAUGUGAAAAGAAAGAAUACUGAGGCUAUAUUUUUGUCCAGAACAAGGAUUUUGGUCUGUAGUCAUAAGCACAUUUAAGUUCCGGAAUCAGAAGGGCAAGGAGAGUGGUUUCAGGACAAAUUUUUGUUAAGCUACUAGCAGGUCUACACCUUUAGAAAAUAGUCCUGAAAUGCUUGUUUUUUUCCAUAGGUGCUUUAGUUCUGUAUAUCCGCUGUAUACUUGCUAUACUUGCUGGAGAACCAGGACUGGAUUGUCUCUUAACAUUUGCUGCAGUCAUCUAAAUGUUGCAAGGCUAUGCAAUCCUUCAGUUAUAUGGAGUUCUGGUGCAGGAGGUGAGACUUGGGCGUUUUUAGAGGAUAUGCAAGGGAGAGUAGUUGGUGUCUGUGACUAGAGGGAUUUUUAGUUGGUACGCGUUAUGUUGAGUAGAGCAGUUCUAGGCGGAUGUGAGGCACGUUACUGUAAUGAAUCUUUGCUGAUUGCAUUGGGGCAAAUAAAUGGUUUAAUAUUCUCACGUGAGAAAUUACAGAUGGGAGAAGUGCUAUGUAGGCUGAUUGACGUGAUGCUGAGAUGCUAAGAAUGUUUUUUUGUUUUUUUUCUUUUAUUUGUAUUCCAGCAUCACAGAAGUCAGAUUUUUACAGCUUCAAUGAAAUUGUGUAAAUAGUUUCACCGUCGCUGUUAACAUUAGUUUUUAGUUCCACCUGGUGGCCAAAUACAGUAUAGUGCAGUUGCACAUUUCUUACGAAUUAUUUUACAGCCUUUAGAAAUAAAGCUUGACUUGUGUUCUUUUCAUUGCCAGUUUUGUCUUAAUUCAAAGCAUUAGUCAAUUUUAUUGAAAUAGAAAUAGCCUUGUAUUAUUAAAGGUUUUUAUUUUAUUUUACGAUAAGCUCUACAGUUUUGUAUAUGUUGUCACUUUGAACAGCAGCUGCAUUGCUUUCACACUUAAGAAUUACAGAUUUCUGUUUGCUAUCUGGAAAGGGUUUGUACUUGCAAGUUAAACAAUUUUGCUGGUUGUUUCUUAUACAUUAAUUCAAUGUCCUCUUUUGGACAGUGCGAUUUUGUGUUUAAAGUCUGUGCUUAAAAGUGUAUUUUUUUUUUUUUCCAUGCACUUGAUGCACUGAUAUUCGAGUGGAAAUAUCGCAGUCAGUGAAUGGUAACAGACUGGUGUUGUCUGGAGGUUAGGGACGGUGGGAGAUGAGCUGCUUUGACGCCUGUGUCUGUGGCUGGUGACGCACUCUCUAGCGACGCUGAUGAUAUCCUGCGCGAGUUCGCGGUUUCGGCCUGAACGAACCCUCCCCAUUGACCUUUCACCUCCCACCCUGCCCAGCUUCUAGGGCUGCUUCCCAAUCCCCCACACAAACUCCCGAAAAUAUAUCCUCCUUCGUCUCCUGCCCCCCCAUGCCUCCGGAUAGGAGACGAGGUAGUGGAGGAGGAAAGGAGGGUACAUUUUAAGGAUAUUGGGACGUGCCCCUGGGGUUUUUCCACCCGCUCUUAGAGGAGGGUGCUCCUUCACGGCCGUUCCCUUCAGCCAGAGUCCAAAGACCUGCAGCCAAAGGAGUCAAACCGCGGUGGAAAUGAAAAUUAAAGUAUGAGGGUGUGGGAGACCAGGAGAAGCUGUAGGCCAUAUGACAUGUACAAUGGAGGUGCUGUGUAGGCCUAUGACAGAUCUUACUGGGAAAAGCCCCAACACCCCACGCAGCGCAUAUCUUGUUGCGCCUUACCAUGGGAAAUAUCACAUACGCAGUCCGCAUUGAGAUAAAGGGUAGAGCUGGAACACUACUUUUGGCUGUGUCGGACAGGAGAGACAUCGAGAGAUGAACAGUUUGCGAUUUUCAGUUUUCUUUGGUCGCAACUUUCAUCAAGGUUCUUGUAAGAGAUGGGAGGAUAUUUCACAACCCAACACCCCCCCUCCCCCCCAGUGCCAUGCAGCUUGGUGACACAAAAUUGUAUAACGCAUGUUAACUUGGUCAGCAGCAAAAGUGGUAUAGCUAGUAAACAUUAAGUGGCAUUAAAUAGUGUUUUUUUUUUUGUUUUUUUUUUUUGUUUUUUACGCAGUUGCUUCCUAAAUAGAUUUUAAUUUGAAUUAAAGCCACUUAAUGUCACUGCCAUAUGAAUGAAUACUAUUUGCAGAUUCAGAGCAUUAUUUAUUCUUUUUUAUAUUACUGUUGCAGAGGUGAUUAUUGUAUUCAUUAUUUAGAUGUAUUAUUUAAGAUACUGUAUGUAUUAACUUGCUAUGGCUGGUGACCAUAAGUACAUCUCAAAUAUUAACAUAGUUAUUUUUUGUUUGUUUGUUUAUUUUGAAAUAUAAUCGCCUAUUUUCUUUGAUAGUAAGAAAAAGACAUAUCAGUUUUUCUAGGGGUAUUUUUGUGUUUCUGUGUAUUUUAUUGAUACUUAUAUCCCAAAAUCCCAGGGCCUAGAAUGCAUGUUAUAGUGAGAGCAGGAUCAGAUUUCCUAAUGAGUCUGUCUGAGAGACAGGGAGGGGUCGGAGAGCGUACUGAAGAUGGCGGCUUUAAGAGAGAAGCGGCACUUUCCGCACCUCUGUUUAAGACUGCGUGGCAAGUCAUGUGUUAAAUGAGCAAGGACCGGCAAAGCCUUUCUGUGUUCCUAACGCGGCGUCCACAUAGCCAAUGACGGAAAAGUGCUUUUUAAUCAAGUUUGACGAUCCCAACGCCUGGAACAAUGGAGAACGAAUGAGGAAGUGGCGACAGGUCACGACAGUGGCAACUCGGCAGUGGCUGUUGGAGACGGAUCGGAAGCUGGCUCUGGCGAGGUUACGAUGUGGAGGACAGUAACGCGACAGUUUUUAGACUGCAAAGAUGCGAGAGGCCGGCGCGUCCGUGGGAAUCUGAGGCCUCCGUGGGAAAGAGGCGGCUCCUCUAUAAGGGACUCUAAUAACGCGUUCAGUUCGAGGGGUUACAGAUAUGAGUGUGACUGUAAACUUGCAGUAUUAACAGCAUAAUGCUACCUUGAUAUUCCAAAUUCUUUUUUUUUUUUUUUUAAUGUAAAUUAAGAUUAUAUCAUUUGUUUUGUUUGUUUUUAAAAAGCCUUUAUUCUUUUACUCUGUAUGGUUUGUAGGCUCUGCACAACUGUUUGCAUCAUUAUACAGUGACACUUCUGCAAACCUAGCGUUCAUACUGUAAUGAUAUAUUGCCGCUUUACUGUGCGCCUUUUUUUUUUUUUUUUUUUUUUUUUGGGUAAUCUCAAGAGCCGAUGUCCUGUAUUGACUGCAGGCUUGCAUAUAUAUUUGAGAAAAAAAUAUUGUAUGUUUCGAAAAAGUAAAAGACAAAAAAUGGCAAAAAAAAAAAAAUUAAAAAGUUAAAAAAAUGUAAUUUAUAUUUUAGAAAUGCAUGCUAAAGGCUGGAAAGUCAUAUCUAGAAUAACAAAUGGCAGUGCCUUUUUUGUACUCAGACAUUUACCCAUUAUGUAAAUGAUUUUGUAUGGACUUUGAAAAUAAUGCAAAAACUGGUGAUAACAGCGGUGUAGGUGGUGGCAGUAGCAGAAUCAUGCAUAAUGCAUAAAAGGCAUUUGAUGACAUCUACCAAACUGUUACAGGCAAAAAUUUGAACACUUCCUCUUGCUGACGGUGCUGUCAGCUUAUUGAUGUUACCGUACUCUGAAGGUACUCAGUGCUGAUGAUGUCAUGAACAUAUCUGUCUGCAACACAAACAGAUGUACAUAUAUGUAUGAAUGCUUGUAUGUGUCUCCAUAACUUUGUACAUACAUCUUCUCAAAAGAGUGUACCAGUAUGCUGCAACGCUGUGUGGUCUGCUUUCCUGGCCUGCGACCCGUUUAAAUCAGGGGAAAGAAAAGUCCGCCGGUUCUAUUCGCGGUUGCUAUUUUUGAACUGUUAGCCCUUCAUGUACACCAACAGACUUUGUACGUAAGUUUUUAUUUUAUUUUAUAUUCGUGUUCUUGGAAAGCCAAUUUGUUUCAGACCAGAAAAUUCCAGGAAUUCCGCUCUGUCGGUGUUGGAUCUAAUUUCAUACGCAAAUCAACAGUUAAAUUUCACAGUUGUCGCACCCUGGUAUUCUCUCAAGCCCCCAAUGUUCCUAUGGGAUUUCCGCCAUUGCAUUUGUGUAUUUGGAAUACUCUUGGGGGAGAGAGAGAGAAUGAUGUAUAGGUUUUGAUUGUGUGUAUGUGGUGUGUGAUUGAAAUGUGAAUGAAUGUUUUUUGGGGGUCUGUGUUGAGCGCUUGACGUCUAUGUGACAACCACAGACAAAAAAGUAUUAAAGAAUAACAUUUAAA